AUGCAUACAAUUAUUCAAGAAGAGGAAGCAGUCUUGAAGAAAGAACUAGAAUGGUUAUUAAAUUCUCAAUUGCCAGAUGCGCUUUAUAAUUUAAAAAAAGCAUUAAAAGUAAUCAUUGCAAUUAUUUAUCCAUGUUUGAAAUCUGCUUUAAGUGUCAAUCAUUUACUAUGGGUAUUGAUGGAUUUAUUUAUUUUAGAUACUUUGGGGACAAGUACAUUGGCCAUUUCAUCUAAUAAUAGCGAUGUAUUAAAAGGCUUUGUCACAUUAGAUGGAAGUGAUAUUAUAAAAGGGGAAUUGCAAAUAAAAUUCCCAAAUUAUAAUCGUGGAAAUUUGAUAAAAUUAGCUGUUAAUACAAAGAAACCCUACUUUAUUGAACAGCAAAUUGAUGCUCAGAAUUAUAUCACUUUAGCUUUAGAUGCAUUAGAAUGUUCAAAUAAUUUAAAUACAAAAAAAGAAAAAUGCUAUGAGUUGUUGGAUACAGUUCUCAAAUAUAUAUCUAAUGCUCGAUAUAUCCUCACCUGUGCAAGCGAAGAAAAAUUGUUUCCUUAUAAAAUCUGUGAUCCUCAGAUGUUUAGCUCUAAAUUGCCCGAAGAUUUAGUGGUUCAAUUUCAUAUUGAAGGUUCAUGUAUAGUUGUCUCCGUUUUUGCGCUUCAAUAUCAUUCUUCGGCACCACAGCAAAAGCAAGGAAAUAUUUUAGGAUCCUCUAAAAGCACUUUGAAAGUUUGCCAAUACAAAGAUAAAUAUGCUUCAGUAUUGAAUGAAAUUGUAGUAAAAUCUUUGGAUCCCAAGUUAGAAAAGGUUAUGGAGUGUUUAAAGAAAUUAGAAAGCGAUUGUUCUGCAUGGAGAAACAAGAUUGCUGUAUUCUAA